CCGCCUACCCGGACGGAGGGGGACGCUUUCCCCUUCUCCCCCGUCCCCGGGGAUGCCUCCCGGCACCGCGCCCCGGCUCCCCCCAAGGAGGAGGCUGCUGCCCCGGCGCAGCUCUCCCGGGGGACUGCCGGGACCGGCACCGCGCUCCCGCCGGCUCUCUCCGGGCUUUCCUCCUCCCCGCAAGACUUCAUCGCGGCGGCUCCUCCUUCCCCGACCCGGCAACCCGCGGGAGGCUGUUUUCCUCGGGGAAGGGAAGUCGCUCCUCCGUGGGGGCCGAAGGAGGAGCGGGCUGCCGGCUGACUGGGGAGGAGGCGGGGGAAGAGGCGGGGAAGGAGGCCGAGGGGAGCGGUCCUCCGGGCUCCGCUGCGCCCGCCGGAGAGACGGCGCGGCCGCCCCCGGCGGCGGAGUGCGAGGAUGAGCGGCGAGGACGGCGGAGGCCGGGCGGGGGCCAUCAGCUACGCCCUUCCCUCCAUCCCUUCCAACAAACUCCCGGAUUUGCGUUUUAUCAGCCGCGGCGCUUACGGUACCGUGUCCGCCGCCCGCCACGCCGACUGGAGGGUCCCGGUGGCCCUCAAAUGCCUGCAGGGGCCGCUACUAGACAGUGAUAGAAACCACCUUCUAAAAGAAGCAGAGAUAUUGCACAAAGCCAGGUUUAGUUACGUUCUGCCAAUUUUGGGAAUUUGCAACGAGCCUGAAUUUCUGGGGAUAGUAACAGAAUACAUGACAAAUGGAUCAUUAAACCAGCUUUUACAUGGGAAAGAUGUAUAUCCUGAUAUUCCCUGGUGCCUGAGAUUCCGCAUUCUUUAUGAAAUUGCUUUGGGAGUAAACUAUUUGCACAACAUGAAUCCUCCAUUGCUGCACCAUGACUUGAAAACCCAGAAUAUUUUGUUGGAUGAUGAGUUUCAUGUCAAGAUUGCAGAUUUUGGCAUGUCAAAAUGGCGUGUCAUAUCCAUGUCGCAAUCACGAAGCGAAACCUCUUUGCCAGAAGGAGGGACAAUUAUCUACAUGCCACCUGAAGAUUACAAUCCCAGUCAGAAAACCCGUGCAAGUGUAAAACAUGAUAUCUACAGUUAUGCAAUUAUUAUGUGGGAAGUGAUGUCCAGAAAACAGCCAUUUGAAGAAGUUAUAAACCCCUUGCAGAUAAUGUAUAGUGUGUCACAAGGACAGCGACUAGACUUAAGUGAAGAAAGUUUAUCAAUGGACAUUCCUCAUCGAGUACUCAUCAUAAGAUUGAUAGGAAGUGGAUGGGCACAAAACCCAGAUGAAAGACCGUCGUUCUUAAAAUGCUUAAUAGACCUUGAGCCAGUCCUGCGAACGUUUGAUGAAAUAGCUAUGCUGGAAGCAGUAAUUCUGUUAAAGAGAUCAAAGUCACUAUAUGAAUCACGAUGUAUUUGCAAGAGUGGAAAGAAAGCAGAUGUGGAGCAGAUAUCUCUAAAUAUACCUCUAAAUCCCCAAGAGGAAACGUAUUCUGGCUCCAUACAAUGUGAUGCACUUCCCCUUCGGAGCAUGUCUCCAGAUGUAUCAAGACUCAAGUCUGUUCCCAAGUGUAAUGUCCUUUCAUCAGAUGGAAAUUCUGGGGGUCUACACUCUCUUAGCAGUCAGAGCACGGAUGAAAAUAUCUCUGUAACUCAGAGCGCCAAACUUCUUGAGCAUCCAUACAGUUAUUUUCCCUCAUCUGACAAGAGUAUUUCAGGUGCCUCAAAUUCUGCAUCAUGUAUGCUGCGGUCAUCACCAAUUCCUUCAGAUUUUGUUUUGGAAACCAUCCAACAGAAUGUAGCUCAUCAAUGGAUCCAAAGUAAAAGAGAAGAAAUCAUUGAUCAGAUGACUGAAGCAUGUUUGAAUCAGUCACUGGAUGCUCUUCUGUCAAGAUUUUUACUCAUGAAAGAAGACUAUGAACUUAUAAGCACCAAACCUACAAGGACAUCAAAAGUCCGACAACUGCUUGAUACCUCAGAUAGCCAAGGAGAGGAAUUUGCCAGAAUUAUAAUACAGAAGUUGAAAGAUAACAAACAGCUAGGACUUCAACCUUAUCCAGACAUUGUAUCUAAUUCUCUAAGACUGCAUCUUUAAAUUUAUUCUUUCUAUAUGAAACCAUGUGAAUAUUUCUUACAACACAAUUCUUAUUUCUAUACAGUAGUUUUAUAUAUGUACUGCUUUGUCUUUACUAUGCCUUUGUAGAGUCUCAGAAAUGACACUGAGUUUAUCUAGACUGCAUUUGGGGAGUUACCAAUUAGUCAGUUGGAGUGCAGUCAUAAAGCCAAACACUUGACACUUGUUGACUCAAUUCAUAAAAGUAUUUUGUUUAUACAUGACAAAGAAAAAACAUUAAAUAUUCCCUGUUUUACAUA